AUGAGAGCAACUUUGUUGGCCUUCGUGGCAGUUGCCAUAGCGCGACAAGCCCAUAUCGGAUCGAAUGGAGUCAUUCAGGGCCAUGAGGCACCGAAGAAUCCGGGGGUCACAGAGUGGCUUGGAGUUCCUUACGCGCAGCGGCCGGUCGACCAAUUGCGAUUCGCACCGCCCCAAACCUACACGCCCAGGGGUGUUCAUGUCGCGUCAGAAUAUGGGAAAGACUGCAUGUACUCGGUGUCGAAGCUGGUCGACUAUCCCGAUAAAACUCCGCAAUUUGACAGCAUCUUCGAGGCCUUCGGGGCUAUUAAUAACCACACUCAAAGUGAAGAUUGUUUGACUCUGAAUGUUUGGUCAAAGUCAGACUCAAAUCAACUCAAGCCCGUCUAUGUCAACUUUUACGGUGGCAGAUGGACAAGUGGCACGACCAAUACCCCUUUUUAUUAUGGAGGCGGAUUUGCUGAUGCAGAGGAUGUAAUCGUUGUGACGGUCAACUACCGCAUGAACAUCUUCGGGUUCCCUGGUCUACCUGGACACCCUCCUAACCUUGGUCUACUAGAUCAGCAUUUGGCCGUUGAAUGGGUGAAGCAAAACAUUCAUGGAUUCGGAGGCGACCCAGACCGCAUUACUAUAUCUGGCCAGUCCUGCGGAAGUGCUUCGGUUGACUAUUGGGCAUACGCCUACCAGUCCGAGCCCCUAGUCGCCGGUUUGAUAUCGCAUUCCGGCACAGCCAUCAGCUUCCCAACAAAUAAUAUGACAACUGCAGCAAAGAAUUGGUAUGCUGUGUCCGACCAGCUAGGCUGCGGAUCUUCGGGGGAUGUCCUGCCGUGCAUGAGAAAGCAGAGUGCGAGCGCCAUUCUCGCCGCCGCUAGUGCAGUGAAGGUCCCGAACCCAAAUCCUGCGAGGAAAUCUCCGGCUUUCCAGCCCACUGUGGACGAUGUAACUGUGUUUGAGAAUUACACUCUUCUUUCAGAGCAAGGGAAAUUCGCCCGUAUCCCCUACCUGGUCGGCCACAACGCCAAUGAAGCGGGAUUCUACAAGAUUUCAAGCUACGCCCAGGGAUCGAAGUUGACAGACAAGCAGUGGGAUGACUUCAAUAUGCAAACGUUCUUCUGUCCAUCCAACCUCGAAGCAGCACACCGAAGUAAGCGACAUACACCGGCUUGGCGCUUCCAAUAUAACGCGGAUUGGGAGAAUACCCGUCUUUAUCCCACUAGUGGGGCAUAUCAUGGCGUCGAGUUUAACAUGCUUUUUGGAGAAUCUGCCGAGAUCACUGGGAUUGCUGAGUCUGAUUCGCAGCGCCAGCUGCAGGAUAAGAUGCGUUCAGCUUGGGGCUCAUUCAUCACUGACCCCCAAGGCGGACUAAAUGCCCUGGGAUGGCCGAGUUAUAAUCCUGAAGCCUCGACACUUGUUGAAAUCGGUCUUGAUAAUCAUCCCAGCGUGUCUUUUGUAGACACGAAAGACUCCGCUGAGCGGUGUGUAGCUUUGCUGGCGCAAAUAUGA